AUGUCUUUGCGCCGCUGGGCACGGCCGAUGGCCCGACUCGGACGGACCCGCGCCGUUGCACCCCGACGCAUGCGGCAGUUCUCGUCCUUCCAGAGAGAUAUCGAUGACCAGCGAAGAGGCCCGACGCGCUACUGGCUCCGCAUGGCGCUGCUAGGGCUCAUAGUGGGCUCGUCCGGGGCGCUCCUGGGCUCGGACGACCGCCAGCGCGCGGCCCGCGCAGUGCUUUCGCUCGGACGCAUCUUGGCAGAAAUCGCAUACGAUCAGGGAGAUCACAGUAGCGAAGAUGCAAAAGAGGCAGCGUCGGCGGAGGAUCGCAUCGCGUCCAUUUUGGCGACGAUGGCCCAAGAGCAGACGUUCCGGCAGGCACUCGUAGCGCACGGCGGCGUCCAAGUGCUGCUAAAGGCGCUGCCGCACGCAAAUGACCUCGUUCUUCGCAAUCGCAUCCUAGCUGCGAUUGCCUCGGUCGCCACGACGCCAGGCACCGACGCCGCACUGGCCGACCUCGAGACCACGUCGCACCUCUUACUGCAUCUCCCUGCCGCCGACAUUCCUCUGCUCGACCGGCUCAAGAUCGAUAUGGCGCUCAAGCAUGCGUACGAUGCGCCCAGCCGUGCCGCCAUUUCGGUGCCCACCGACGUUGUGCCCACCGUACAUCGCCUGGCGUCGGCCGCCAUGCUGGCCAAAGCCACUGGCGAUGAGCGCAAGUUUGCGCUUCAGUCGCUCACGUCGCUCUUGCUGGCUGCAGAGAGCCAGAGUGCGUCGGCUGCGCUCGACACGGCGCUGCGCACGCUCCUGAGCAACGCGCAGCUGCUCGCAACACUGCGCCAGCUCUCUGUGACGCCGUCGCCGCUCCAAGGUCCCGCCGCGACCCUCCUUGUGGCGCUUUACCGCCUUAGCGGCCUCUGCGGCAUCUCGUUGCAAGCGCCAUCGACGUGGCACGCGCAGUUUGUCUCGUGGGCGUACGCGGACGCGCCGGCCGUGCACGUCGCGGCCGCCGAAGCCUGGCACCUCAUCGCCAAGCAGUCGCCCGACGUGCUCCUGUCGUCCAAGGCCGCGCAGGACGCGCUUUUGCAGCUCGCGCGCGCCACGUUUACGCCGUCGAGCCGUACGCCGAGCGUUCAGAUGCACAUUUGCGCGAUUCUCUCGGCGCUCGGCGACCGCUUCACGGACGGUUUUGACACGACGAUGGCGACGCCCAUGUCGCGCGUGUUUCGCGACGCCGACGUCCCGGACGCUGCCGAGCUGGACGCGACGCCGGUCUUUGGCUGGGUCGACGUGCUCACACAGUGGUCCUUCCACGGCACGUCAGCGGUCCGUCACCACGCGAUCCAGAGUCUCUCGCACCUCGCGCUGCGUCAAGACGCGUCGCACCGUGUGUUGCAGGCGUGGAUGCUCGGACUUCUCCGCGAGCUCUUUGCGGCGCCCGACAUGGUGGCCGAGGAGCGCCGUGCCGUCCACGAAGUCGAAGUGCUCGCCAACAUGACGUCCGAGACAACGCCGGGGCACGUCAACGUGUCAUACAAUGACGAAGUGCUUGAGGCGGGCAUGGCGGCGAUGGCGAUUCUCGCGGAAAAGCACGCGCCCGACUUCAUCUGGAAGGGCGGCGUCGACCUUCUCUCGCUCGUGGCGGUGACGUCGCCGCCCGCGAUCAAGGCGCAGUGCGCGCGUAUCUUGGCCAACCUCGCCACGUACCCUUGGCAGCCACAGGACUUGGAGCGCGACGUUCAGCGUAUCCUCGUCCAGGAAGCCACGGGCGGCUCGCUCUUCUUUGACGAGAUCUGCCACUGGCGCGACGAGCCCAACGUCAACAUUCGUUCGAGCUACUACCGCGCCGCGACGAACCUCGCGGCGCUCCAAGCCUCCUCCGCUUCGGAAGAGGAUGAUUCACCGCCGACCGUGUACCGUGAAGGGAUUCACCCGAUCGUCGCGCAGUCGUCGGCGUCGUCGACAACCAUGCCGCCCGUCGACGUUGUGUUUGUCCACGGCCUGCGCGGCCAUCCGUUCGGUACGUGGCGCUCGGACAUGGCGUCCACCGACAUGGUCAACAGCCCAAUCUGGCCCGAAGCGCUGCUGGCACCGGACCUCUCGCCCGACUCUCGCCUCGUAACCUUGGGCUACGAGGCGGGCAUGGUGACGUGGAGCUCGCCGUGGCCGUCACUGACGCUGCCACAGCGUGCGCAGAUCAUGCUGGAGGCGCUGGAAGCGGCGCGCAUCGGUCGCGCGGACGGGCCGCCCGUGAUUUUUGUGACGCACUCGAUGGGCGGGCUACUCGUGAAGGAGAUGCUCGUGCUUGCCAAGGCACAGGAGCGGUCGCUUGCGUCGCGCACGGCGGGCGUUGUCUUCAUGGCGGUGCCCCACUUUGGCGCCAAUGUGAGCUCCAAUGUCAACGCGCGGGCGAUCCGCGCGCUCAUCCAGGCCCACCCGGCGACCAAAGAUCUCUCGGCGAACGCGCCCCACUUGCUCGCGCUGCACAAGGCAUACCAGGCGCUUCAGAUCCCAUCACUAAGCUUGGGCGAAGGCCAGCCCGCGCCGCUCGCGCUCGGCGUGCGGUCGAUGGUCGUCUUGCCCGACUCGGCCAACCCAGGAGGCCCGCUGGAUGCGUUUCACCUCCUCUCGAGCACGGACCACAUGGACAUUUGCAAGCCGCAGACCGUCGACGACCCGCGCUAUCGGCUCGUGAUUGACUUCCUGCGCGCAUGCGUCGCAUAA